GGCGGGCCCGGGCUGCGACCCGAGCGAGCCCCAUGCCCCGUGCGGGCUGACGGGCCGAAGCCCGCACUGAGCGGCCGGGCCGGACAGGUCCCGAUAGAGCGGCAAUGAUGGUGGAGUCUGCAUCGGAGACAAUCAGGUCGGCUCCGUCUGGUCAGAACGGCGUGGGCAGCCUCUCUGCGCAGGCUGAUGGCGGCGGCGGUGGGGCCGGGACCGCAGGCACGGCCCCCGCAGCGGGUAGGGACGCCUCAGGCCGGGAAGCGGCCAGCGGAGCUGACAGCAAUGGCGAGAUGAGCGCCGCGGAGCUCCUGCACUUCCAGCAGCAACAGGCUCUCCAGGUGGCCCGGCAGUUCCUGUUGCAGCAAGCCUCCAGCCUGAACUCCCCGGGGAACAAUGACAGUAAACAGUCGGCCUCUGCAGUGCAGGUGCCUGUGUCUGUGGCCAUGAUGUCCCAGCAGAUGCUUACCCCCCAGCAGAUGCAGCAGAUCCUGUCACCACCUCAGCUGCAGGCCUUGCUGCAGCAGCAACAGGCUCUCAUGCUCCAGCAGCUGCAGGAAUAUUACAAGAAGCAACAAGAACAGCUCCACCUGCAGCUCCUCACCCAGCAGCAGGCUGGAAAACAGCAGCCCAAAGAGGCUCUGGGGAACAAACAGUUGGCCUUCCAGCAGCAGCUCCUGCAGAUGCAACAGUUGCAGCAACAGCACCUGCUCAACCUACAGAGGCAGGGGCUGGUCAGCCUGCAGCCUAGCCAAGCCUCAGGGCCCCUCCAGGCCCUCCCGCAAGCAGCCGUGUGCCCGACAGACCUGCCCCAGCUGUGGAAAGGGGAGGGUGCCCCAGGGCAGCCUGCUGAGGACAGCGGCAGGCAGGAGGGGCUGGACCUCGCCAGCACAGCUGCUACUGCUACCUCGUUCGCCAGCCCCCCCAAGGUCUCCCCACCCCUCUCCCACCACCCCUUACCCAACGGACAACCCACUGUGCUCACAUCUCGGAGAGACAGCUCCUCCCAUGAGGAGACCCCCAGUUCCCACCCUCUUUACGGACACGGGGAGUGCAAGUGGCCAGGCUGUGAGACCCUGUGUGAAGACCUGGGCCAGUUUAUCAAACACCUCAACACAGAGCAUGCUUUGGAUGACCGGAGCACGGCCCAAUGUCGCGUGCAGAUGCAGGUGGUCCAACAGCUGGAGAUCCAGCUGGCCAAGGAGAGCGAGCGGCUGCAGGCCAUGAUGGCACAUCUGCACAUGCGCCCUUCAGAGCCCAAGCCCUUCAGCCAGCCCGUGACCGUCUCCGCAGACCCAUUCCCAGAUGGCCUCGUGCACCCCCCAACUUCGGCCGCUGCCCCUGUCACGCCCCUGCGUCCCCCUGGCCUGGGCUCUGCCUCUCUGCACGGUGGGGGCCCUGCCCGCAGGAGAAGCAACGACAAGUUCUGCUCCCCCAUCUCCUCAGAAUUGGCCCAGAAUCACGAGUUCUACAAGAACGCUGACGUCAGGCCCCCCUUCACCUACGCCUCCCUUAUCCGCCAGGCCAUUCUGGAAACUCCAGAUAGGCAGCUGACUCUAAAUGAGAUCUAUAACUGGUUCACCAGGAUGUUCGCCUAUUUCCGAAGAAACACGGCCACCUGGAAGAAUGCCGUGCGCCACAACCUCAGCCUGCACAAGUGUUUCGUCCGUGUGGAGAAUGUCAAGGGAGCCGUGUGGACUGUGGAUGAGCGGGAAUAUCAGAAACGGAGACCGCCAAAGAUGACAGGGAGCCCCACUCUGGUGAAGAACAUGAUCUCGGGCCUCAGUUACGGGGCACUUAACGCCAGCUAUCAGGCUGCCCUGGCAGAGAGCAGUUUCCCUCUCCUCAGCAGUCCCGGCAUGCUGAACCCUGGCUCAGCCAGCAGCCUUCUACCCCUCAGCCAGGAUGACAUGGGUGCCCCUGGGGAGCCUCUACCCAGCAAUGGGAGCAGCAGCCCCCCUCGCCUCUCCCCUCCUCAGUACAGUCACCAGAUUCAAGUCAAAGAGGAGCCUGCAGAGGCAGAGGAAGACCGACGGCCGGGGCCUCCCCUGGGCGCCCCCAACUCCAGCACUGUGGGGCCCCCAGAAGACAGGGACCUGGAGGAGGACCUGGGAGGAGAGGACAUGUCCUAAGGGCUGGGUGGGCAGGCCAAGACCCUGCCAGUCAGUCUGGACCCCGCCCACCCACCCCCCCAACUCUGCUGCCCCUCCAACCUCAAGGCACUUCGGGGACUCAGCCGGGGGAGAUCUGGGCCAGUAGCUCCCAUGCCACCUGACUGACAGACGCCUGGGAGCAGGCACAUCCCUGCCCCCCUAGAGAACACAGAACCCGUGGACUGGGACCCAUAGAGGACAUGGAGGGUUCAGACCCUCUCAGCCCCUCCCUGUAUCCCAACCACCACCACCAGCAGCAGCAGCAGCAGCAGGGCUCUCCCUCCCCACCAGCGCUCCCCUCCAAGGCCCCUUAGCACAAGGGGAGACCCGCAGGCGGGGCUGAGUCACCCCCACAUCCCUACGUUCACCCCCUCUGCCCUGUCUGUGGCAGAGGGAUCUGGCCAGAGGACCCUUCCCGGUUCAGCUUCCCCCAUCUUGUUUUCCCAACUGUGAAAAUUAGUUCUCCAGCCCCAGCUUCCCACCCAAGCCCAACAGGGCAAGCAGGCUGGGGGUGCACCUGCAGACCAACCCCUCAGCUGCUGGGGUGGAGCAAGUUGUGCCCUCCCCCCACACACACACCCCGACUUGAGACAGGACCCAGACUGAGCAGGCCUCCACCCCACCCUGUUUGCUGGAUACUCCUGCGGCACCCCGACUCAACUCGAGGAAGCACUGAGGACCCCACACUGGGCACCUUCAGAGCUGUGUGCAUCAGUGACCUCUGCCCUGACCAUCACAGCACGGAGAAAGCCAGGCUGGGACCACCCUCACCCCCAGCCAACAGGUCCCCGAAAUGGGGUCCUCUCACCCCUGCCCCUCACCUCUUCCUGUCCUCCCCCUCCCAGUUAAACGGAUGACCAAAGACCUUUCUUAUGCCGGAAGCAAAAACCAAAA